AUGUCAAUGCUGCAAGAAAUAGUUUCAGCGGUUAAGAAUAACGGAAGCAACAAUAGUUGUUUUCGUCCUGCAAAUAAUGAAAACCAAGCAGAAAGAACGAGGAGGCCACUAGUAUGUUUUAUAUAUCAGCAAGCAGGGCAUUAUACCCGUGAGUGCCCAAAUCAAAAUAAUGUCAUAAGAAACCCACCUGUUCAGAAUCAAGGUGAUAUGACCGAAGAACAGCAAGACCAAAUGAAGCAAAGAUUUUAUCUUAUAUCUAGGCUCGAGCAUGAAUUCAUUGGCCAAGAGAUAAGAAGAAUGGAAGAAGCUACAGAAGCAAAGGUUUCAGCUAUGAGUAAGUUUCCUAGACCCAAGAAUCUUCGAUUACUUAGGGGUUUUUGGGCUUGGUGUAUAGAAAAAAAGUUUGAAUGGAAGAAAGAGCAGAAUGCAUUCGAGAAACUGAAGUCGUUGUUAACUAUGGCCUCUAUUUUAGCUCACCCUAGGGAUGAUAAGAGAUAUGUAUUGUAUAUGGAUGUGUCACACUUGGCUCUUAGUGCUGUGCUGUUGCAACAAGAUGAUGAAGAUAUAGAGCUCAUAGAAGUGGUGUGCAAUAAAGCCAAAAUUAAACACAAGCUUUCGUCAAUAUAUCAUCCACAGACUAAUGGCCUUGUGAAAGCCUAUAGAACUGCCAAACAUGGCAUGACCAAAUUCGAUUCUUUUUAUUUCACCUAUAGAAGAGAGGUUACUUUACAGGUGGAAUUGGCAAUAAAAACAUACCCAGUGGACGAUGUGGAGGAUGAUCAAUACGAGGCCUUAAUUUUGACCUAA